GUUUUGUUCAGUUGCCGCUGCUUAGUUGUUACAAAUUAUUUCUUGGGAAGUUAUUCAUUUACUUAUUUCUUUCAAUUAUUUACACAGCAUUUGUUUUUUCUCCCCCUUCCCUUCUCAAGCACUGAAAACAUUUUCAAUUCAGAAUAAUUCAAAUGCUUGCUUCGACCACUUACACCUGGAAAUAUUGGACCUUCCAGUUCGGGAAACUCUCGACAUCCUUGCUCUAAAGUUUUGGCUCGUAAAUUGUCUCCUGAAUCCUGCAAUGGCCCCGAAAAAAGGUGAUAAUGCAAAAGCCGCGAAAAAAGGCAAUUCUAAAGAUGAAGCUAGCGGUGGAGCCAAGGAAAAGAAAGGCGGAAAUGCGGUCAAGGUGCGGCACAUCUUAUGUGAAAAGCAGUCAAAAAGUCUCGAGGCCCUGGAAAAACUGAAAAAUGGUGGUAAAUUUCCUGAAAUUGCUGCCCAGUAUAGUGAAGACAAAGCUCGAUCAGGGGGUGACCUGGGUUGGAUGACACGAGGCUCAAUGGUGGGAGCAUUUCAAGAUGCUGCCUUCGCACUGCCAGUUUCUACUGUGGCCAACCCUGUGUACACUGAUCCUCCUGUUAAGACGAAAUUUGGUUACCAUAUCAUUAUGGUUGAAGGGAAAAAAUGAUUUUUUUUUCCUGCUGUGAUUUGCCUCUUACACCGUGUCAACAUUUGUUUCUUGUACAAUUUAGUUUUUAAGCGUUUAUUUCCUCUAAAAUAAAACAAUUGUUUUUUUUUUCAUCUUAAA